AUGACGAUAUUUGAAGAUGUACAUUUCUGGAGGCAGAGUUUAAUUCUGUUAGCAGAGAGCUUGCACUCAAUCGGAAUAGGCAUAACACUGACCUUCUCUUCUGUUCUGAACCCAGCACUUCUUUCACAGUCUACGGAUCUACGAGUGACACCAGAUCAAGCAUCAUGGAUGGCUGCAAUCCUCGGCUUUGCUGGCAUGAUAGGAUUUUGCAUAGUCCCAUCGAUUAUGCAACGCUACGGACGAAAACCAGUACAUAUGGUCUUAAGUUUUUUGAACGUUGUUGGAUUUACUAUAUUUUACAAUGCUUAUAGUGUAACAGCGUUGUACACCGCCAAGUUUAUACAAGGAUUCUCAAUUUGUGGUUUCACUCUCACGGUCAUCAUCCUCGCGGAGUACUCAGCCCCUAAACGAAGGGGUUACUUCAUGACUAUCAAAAAGGCCAAUGUGGGUAUCGGGUCCUUAAUUUGCCACUCUCUCAGCUUUACAUGGAACUGGAGACAAAUUGCCUCUUUCUCCGUCAUUCCCUUUGCAUUCGCGUUUCUAGUCACUUGUAUCUGGCCUGAAAGCCCAGCGUUUCUGGCAAUGAGAGGAAAUUUUGCAGAAUGUAGAAAAUCCCAUUCGUGGUUGUUCGGUGACGACGGAAAGAACGAAGAGAAUUUAGAAAAACUAAUUCAGGUGCAAGCUGAAAGAUCAGGGGAAAAGAGGAGACUGAGUUUCGUAUUACGAAUCAAGAGGUUUUUUAUCAAGAUGAAACGAAUUGACUUCUUGAAGCCAUUCGCUAUAGUUGCACUAUUAACUGUAAUGGUGGAAGCAUGCGGUCGAUAUUAUAUGUUAAUGUACAGCAUACAAAUUGUUAUAGAUAUAACAGGGAACAAAACUGGGGCCCUUGUUUGUUCUAUAGUAGCAGAUUGUUGUAUGAUAUUAGCUUUAUGUAUAUCCGGUUUUGUUAUACGUUUAUUUAAUAGACGCACAUUAUUAUUUUCUUUCGGUCUUUUAACUGCUAUGCUAUUGUACGCUCUCAGUGUAUUGUUGUGCUUAAAACGAAAUUUCAAUUUAGAUUCUAACUGGCCAGUACUUUUUCUGUUAACAUCUAUUUCAUUUGUGUCAAAUUUAGGUAUAAUACCAACUGCUUUUACGAUUAUUAGCGAAAUAUUUCCUUUAGAACAUAAGGGUGUGGGGGCAUUUGCAUCAGGGCUAAUUUUUACUGGUCUCCUUGGAGUCACAGUUAAGUUUAUACCUCAUGUAAUUGAUAGUGUUGGUAUGGACGGAAUGUUCGCAAUUUCAGGUAGCUUUCUUGUUGCACCUGUUAUUUUGUUAUAUUAUACUCUAGUAGAAACUAAAGAUAAAACUCUGUUGGAAAUAGAAGAAGAAAUAAAAGGAAUCAAACGUCAACGAAGUCUAGUUCUAAUCGGGGACAGUAUACAUUCAAUUGGAACUGGUUUUAUGUUAAGUUUCUCUUCUGUUCUGAAUCCAGCUCUUCUCUCUCCAAACUCGACUGAUAUUAGAGCUACUCCAGAAGAAGUUUCAUGGAUCUCUGCAAGUCUGGGCUUUGCCGGGAUGAUCGGCUUUCUAAUCAUCCCUCCUAUUUUCCAGUACUUUGGGAGAAGGCCCGUCCACAUAGCCCUCAAUAGUCUGGUCGCACUUGGAUUUUUAAUAUUGUACUUUUCAAAAUCGACAAGGGAUUUGUUUGUAGGUAAAUUUGUGCAAGGCAUAGCCACAUGUGGAGUUACGAUCACUGCCAUUAUUAUAGCAGAGUAUUCGCAUCCCAAGAGAAGAGGCUGCUUUAUGACGUUUAAGAAGGCAAGUGUUUCCCUGGGUUCUCUGAUUUGUCAUUCCUUAUACUUCGCUUGGAGCUGGAGAAGUAUAGCGCUUCUAUCAGUCUUGCCUUACACGAUAUCGUCUAUUAUAAUUCUGUUUUGGCCAGAGAGCCCAGCUUACUUAGCUAUGAAAGGGAAAUAUGAAGAGUGUGACAGAUCUCACAGCUGGAUGUUUGGAGAUUCCGGAAAAACUAAGAGGGAUCUAGAAGAGCUAAUAUCGGCUCAAAUGAAAAGGAAAAAUAAAGAUAAAAAAAGGCCCAUGGAAGUCAUUAGGAGAAUUUUAGGAAAAUUUCUACGGCGAGACUUCAUGAAACCACUUCUAAUUGUUUUUUUGGUCACAGUUAUAAUCGAGGCUUCUGGGAGAUUUUAUAUGUUGAUAUACAUUAUACAAAUUGUAAAAGAAAUAACAGGAAACACUUCGAUUGCUGUUUAUUGUUCCAUGGUUUCAGAUUUAAGCACAAUGGUGGCUUUGGCCAUAUCAGGGUUUGUUGUGAAAUUCAUGACAAGAAGGAAUAUAAUUAUAUAUUUUGGAUCGGCAACAACAGUUCUGAUGUAUUUAAUAAGCUUGCUGUUAUAUCUAAAAACAAAAAGCAACUUUUUGAUAGAUUGGGUCUGGUUAACACCAGCUCUAAUAGUUGUUCACACUUUUAUUAGUUACGUUGGAGUAAUCCCGACGGCAUUUACUAUAAUUGCAGAAAUUUUUCCAUUAGAACACAAAGGAAUUGGUUCUUUCUCUGCUGGGGUACUCUUUAUUGGUGGUUUCACCGUCACUGUUAAGUUAAUACCAAGUAUGAUAAAUAUGGCUGGCGUCGAAGGCCUCUUCGCUUUUUUCGCGACAUGCAUACUGUUAAGCACAAUUGCUCUAUAUUUUGUGCUGAUUGAAACUAAGGACAAAACUCUGCAACAAAUAGAAGAUGAAAUAAAAGGGGUCAAAGGGAGAUUUCCAAAACUUAUGGAACAAACCGUCUCAGAAAAAGCCUAA